CUGUAGUUACUGGCUGUAGGAGCUGCAGUCAGUCAGUCCACAAGUAUUGACUUUCAACCGCCUGUAAUCGACUGAUAAUGUCCACGAAUCGAUAGACAGGGGAUUUGACCGGUAGCUGUGGUAGAAGGGAGAGUGGUUAGCCAAGUGAACGCAAAUGUGUUUGCUAACAACUUUGCAGUGAAUCUGUUUUUGUCCCUGUCUCUCUGUUCACACUGCCACUAUGGCAGAGGGCUUUUUAAUGGAGGCGUGUGUGGACUCCGUGGAGUCUGCUGUCAAUGCUGAGCGAGGAGGUGCAGGUCGACUUGAGUUGUGUUCUAGUCUUCUGGAGGGAGGCCUCACUCCCAGUCUCGGUCUGCUGCAGGUAGUGAAGCAGUAUGUCAAAAUCCCAGUCUAUGUGAUGAUACGUCCUCGCGGGGGUGACUUCUUGUACUCAGACCAGGAGGUGGAGGUAAUGAGGAAGGAUAUAGAGCUAAUGAAGAGCCAAGGAGCAGAUGGAUUAGUGCUGGGAGCCUUGACAGAGGAUGGACGAGUGGACGCAGAGCUCUGCAUGGAGUUACUGGCUGCUGCCCGUCCUUUGCCUGUCACCUUCCAUCGAGCUUUUGACAUGGUUCACGACCCGGCAAUUGCUCUGGAGGCUCUGAUAUCAUUAGGAUUCCACCGUCUGUUGACGAGCGGCUGUGACAGCUCCGCUUUGGAGGGACUACCUCUCAUUAAACGGCUCAUUGAUCAAGCCAAAGGGAGAAUUGCCAUAAUGCCAGGAGGGGGCAUCACAGAAAGGAACCUGCAGAGAAUUUUAGAGGGUUCAGGUGCUCAAGAGUUUCACUGUUCAGCCCGCUCCAGUAAAGACUCUGCAAUGAAGUUCAGGAACACCAGUGUGAUGAUGGGCGCUUCUUUCUCAGCACCAGAGUACGGCCUGAAAGUGGCAGAUGUGGGCAAAGUUCGGGCUCUAAAUGCAAUCGCCAAAAACACCUUGUGAUUGGGUACUAAGCAAUCAUGACGAACAACAAAAUGAUACCUCAAAAGUAAUCAUACUGAUGUGUAACCAUUAACUUCGGUGUACACGUUUCCGAAUUGCCACAGAUUUCCUUUUAAAAACAAAUCACUAAUCAAGCAGUCACUGCAAAGUUAGAGCUCAGGAACAGUCCUGCAACCUUCUUGGGUGUGCAAAACUUAUCAAAGUAUCUCACAGAGCAGAGGGCUGUGAAUAAUUUGCUUGUAUUAUUGUACACAUUUGUGUGUAUAGAUAUUUUGGGGGAACUAUUAUUUGCAAAUCUGUGCAGAGAGUUGUGAAUCCUGAUCUGGAUGUCUACAUUUUUACACUGUGUGUGCUGAGAUGUGUAGAAACAGUGAAUGUGUAAACUUGUCUGUAAAUGUGUGCUGACUUUUACAUGUGUAGAUGAAUCAGCACUUACAGUCCUGUCCGACGGAGCGGUCGUCGGCAGGCAUACACUCAUUUGCAGAUCUCCGAAAGAACCCAAGCACAGCAAAAGUUGUGUGUAAAAAAUCCAGCCAACUUUGAAAAUACCUGAGAAAUGUAGUAGUUCUUGAAGAUGAUUACUUUUUAUCUUUCUAAAUUGUAAAUAGUUUUUUCAAAAUGAAGUUGAAAUGAACAUUUUUUGAGGGCAUAUACUAUCGAUCAUAAACUGAGGGUAGACUGUUUUCCUCAGAUUUAUAUUCACAUUUAUACAUUUUGUAUACAUUUGCUGUUUCUUUCACGCAUGUAUAAAUAAGAUAAAUGUCAGCCCACAAUAUUGGCAGAUUUCUUUACACGUUCACAAAUCAGACUACGCACUCGGCAUGCACAACUUUACAACUCUCUGCACACAUUUGCUCACAACGUUGCUAUAAUUUUUGUGCCUGUAUGUGUGGCCAUAGAAGUAGCGGUAUAUGACACACACUUCAGAACAGCAUUUUUCCAUUCGCCAUGGAUUUGAUCUAUUUAUGGAUAGAACUCCAUGUUUGCAGUGGAAGAUGUACGGUUGUGGUCUCUUGUGAUUUUCUUUGUCGUUGUUUUUUGAAGACAGCAACAUGGUGACUUGCUUUCUUUGCUCAUAAUGAAUAAAAGCUUAGAAGUAGUUCAGUGCAA